AUGACAUUUGGACGACCGACAAUGAUUUCACAUCCUUCAGAAGUUCAACCACCUCAGUCAAUGGACGACGAAUAUCUCCAAGACGGUGCUGAUGGCGUCCAGCCGAGAUCUCGAGAAUCGCGACUCGCUUUCUUCGUGUAUUCGAUAAAAUUGUUCGAUAUUCUCGACGACAUUCUUUCAACCCUGUAUUUGAACAAAACAGGUUCUGAUUUCCCAACGGGACAUGGGUGCUCACAGCCACAACAACCGCUAUCUGCAGUCAUGAAAUUGAAUUCGGAUUUGGAUCGAUUCUUCAACGGCCUCCCGCCCCAUUUACGGCCAGGGGAAAAGAGCAGUUUGGACACUGGUCCUAUUUCUCCCAGAAGCCCGUGCUUCACGCUGCAAGCAAAUGUUCUUUACUGCAGAUUUCUAUACACUCGAACUCUCCUGUUGCGGCCUAUCCUCCUUACUGCAAAGAAACUUCUCCGGGAUUAUCGGCCAAAUGCAGAAGAGACUUCCCUUGAACAUCACGUUGUUCUCAAAGCGUGCUCUCUGUGCUCGAAGACUGCACAGCUCUUAAUCAAUAGUCUCUUUGACAAUUUGCAAUCUGUAUUCAGAUGUUCUGGCUGGUAUACGGUUUAUUUUGCCUUUGCUGCAGCUACCGUCCUGAUUUGCAUACGAUUAUCCGAGACACCGGGCACAAUAUGCACCGAAGAAGAAUUUCAGAUUUCAUGGGAUCGAGUGAUUGCCAUUCUCAGAUACCAUGAACCUCAAAUUCAAUCUGCUCGACGUGCAGUCCAAAUUCUUGAAUCCUUCAGGCACCACCAAACGAACUCAGCCAAAGUUGACUCCAACUUCCAGCAAGGCUUCGAGGACCAGGUCGACUUUGCGUCUCUUCCUCUACCAAUGUACAAUGAUGAAUUUGGGUCCAUCAACAACGCCUGGUUCACUCAGCAAAUUCUAAGUCUAGAUUUUCUGGAUAUUAUUUAG